AAGCAAGAUUCAGAGUCCCCGUCUCGAGAUUUAAGUCGUCUGGUUUGGGUUGUCGAUGGGGAAUUUAUCGAGCAAACGGCCAUUUGCUUCCGACUGUUUCAACUCUCCAAAUCCGAAAAGGCGCAACUCAAACGGCAUCGACUCGCCGGUUCCGGAAGAACGACAGCCCAAUAACGAAGCUCCGGCUAUGGACCCUGCUCAAGCUGCUAAACCUCUAUUCAGCAACGGACUCGAUUUGGCGAACUUGGCCGUGUCCUCCGAUAUUCUUUCCAAAUCGUGGGCUGCAAUCUCUGAACUCCAGUCCCAGUUUGACCGCAAUCACCAAGGCCCACCGUCUUCUGACGCCGUGAAGAUUCAAGAAUUUGAACACCCGGAAUACAAAAUCAUUGCUUUGGUGACCCCACCAGUUGCUACCAGUGAUCUCCAAGAAGAGAGCGGUUUGGUCCCUUCUUCUUCAUCAGAGGCCUCUGAGUUUAAGUUUCUCUGCUCCAAGGACAACCCGCGUUUUGCCAUAAACAAAGCUGCGAUUUCUCUGUUCAACUCUCUCCAAAAGAAGCUCUCUUCCCUGAAAGAACAGGUAGCAACUUCCUCCAAGUCUAUUCCACACAUUAUAACAGGAGACUGUUUGGGUGGAUCCAUUGCCUCUCUUUUCACGUUAUGGCUCCUACGCACGCUCGAUUUAGCAACCACAAAGUGUCCACUUUGCAUCACAUUCGGUUCGCCCCUCAUUGGGGACGGUGGCUUCCAACAAGCCAUAUCACAAUAUUCAACCUGGAGUACUUGCUUCUUGCAUGUGGCUCAUAAGGAUGACUCUUUCCCGAAACUCUUUCACCCGUUGACCAUGGAGCAGAGUCCAUACAAGCCUUUUGGUACAUUUCUUGUGUGUUCUGAAUCGGGUGGUGCAUGUUUCGAAGACCCUAAAUCCAUAAUUAAGUUGCUUGCCCCCAGGAGCUCCGAAAGUGCCCAAGCUUUCCAUUAUAAGAGCAUCAUUAACUGUCUUGAACGGCAAUCGAUUUGCAAGAACCAUUCCGCAUUUAGUGCGUAUGAUACCGAUUCAUUUAAAGCUGGGAUAACUGUGCAAGUUGCAGCAAUUGGCCUUAUGCAAAAUCAGCCGCAGAAUAUGGAUAUUGAUGCUCUGUUGAGGGAGAUAGUCCAGUUGGAAAAAGAUGUCCUAGAGCAAAAGAAUCAAGUAUUUGAUCCUGCAAAGAGUUUGAACGACAUGAAAGUGUGCCUGGCUAAUUUGGAAUGGUACAAGAAGAAAUGCGAAAACGAUGGUCAGGGUUCUGGUUACUAUGACAGCUUCAAAUACAAAAUGAAUAGGCGUGACUAUACAGCCGUUCAGUUCGUAAAAUCGCUCACGAUUUACUGGGAACGCGUGGUAAAAGAUGCGGAGGAGAGGCCUCAGAGAGAGGGAGCGCCACUGCGGACCCGCUGGCUCUUCGGAGGGACAAAUUACCGCAGGAUGGUCGAGCCGCUCCAGAUAGCCGAGUACUAUAAAUGGGGCAAAAGAGGUUACAUAUCUCAAGGGAGAUCCAAGCACUUUAAACUAUUGGAACAGUGGCUGGAUGAACAUCUGAAACAGUCUGCGAAGAGUGUCCCUAACAAAUCAAAAAUGAAGAAGAACAUGGUGAGUGUCACGGACGAUUCAUGCUUCUGGGCACACGUGGAGGAGGCACGAAUAUCGUGCAGGUUGUUGAAAAGCGGAGGAUUGAACAGUGCUGAAAUAGAAAACUUGGUCAGGUUCGAGGAGCAUGUCAUGGGUUUGCUCAAGAACUAUGCUGUUUCUCCUGAUAUUUUCUUGGAUAGCAGCAGCUACAUGCAAUGGUGGAGGGAGUAUGAGGACAUGUUGGGGAAGCAAAUGAUGGGAGCUUCUCACAACUCGGACCUUGCUCGUUUCAUGAAGGACGGAGACUAUCACCGGUAUAAAUCAGGUACCCCAGUAUUCGCAUGAUAAAUGAACAAACUGGGUAAUUUGAAUGUAAAUUAUAGUGUAUCAUAAGAGCAAUAAUGUGCCGGUUUCACUCAUUGUGUUGAUUUUGCUUUGCUUCAAUCAAUUUGGAUUCUCAUUGGACCAUUGGUCAUCAUGAGUUCAAAAAUUUGAUUCCGAAGGCAAUAGUUUGUGUUUGCUCUGCCUUUCUGUA